AUGGAGGGCUACAGCGCUUCUGAGGAUGCGGGACCGAGCUUUUGCAUCGGCCACCAUGAGGCAAACCGCUCUAUUGUGGUCAAUACCACGGUGGUUCAGAAUGUUCACGAAAGCAAUUAUGAUAUGAUGACGGUUCCGAUCACGACACAGCAUUUCCACACCAGGGUGCUAGGUUUACUUUCUUCAUAUUUAUCCAAUCUUCCGUCUCCUAUCUUUGAUUCCAUCGGGACCAUGGAGACCACGCAUAACACGAGACCACUGACAAUCCCGCCGCUUUCAAAGCUGGACUCAACCCUCACCCCCAAUGAUGCCACAAGCCAACUUGUUGGAGUGACUAGCAGCUGGAUUGAUCUUUGCUCACCGGAUCCCUUGAUUGCAGACUUGUCUCGUCAAGUUCUCAUGCUGGAAGUUGCCUAUGCUGCUUUCUGCGGCAUCGGGUACCUACUGGUUCCGGGCCCUAAGCUUCAUCAUGGCAAUUUGCACUCUGAAGGGGUCGUUUACUAUGCACGUGCAAUUCAGGAUGCCUUGAAUCUGGGAUCUUAUAUCCAAUUUCAUAUUUGGCUCCCUAUGGUUGACAACCCGGAGCUUGAGCUUGAUACAAUGGGUGACCUGGCCCCGUUGGCCCGAGAGGAUUUCCUUCAGCCGGAUGACGGAGUUCUCCCCAAGCUGGAUCUGUUUGGAACCUGGGAUGCAUGGGACUUGAUUCGAAAGACGUGCAAAUUCCAUGCCAGGUUGUUUGUUGGCCUCUCCAUGCCAAAACAACUUCCCCCCGUCUUUGUUCAAGCACGUUGGCACUCGGAACCGGUGCAUUUGCUCACCAUUGACGCCUCGUCCUUUUUGAAGAACCAGAAAUCAUACCCUGUCUUGUCAAAGGCCCAUCAAGCUUUUAUAGCCAAGCUUAUGCGCCUUAGAACCCCGCCUUGGAUUCUCCUCUGUGGCGUUGGGCCGAUUCCAGGCCUCGAAGCCGUAGAUGAUGAUGAGACGAAUCAGCUGUCUGGCCCUGACUACCCCAGUCUAUCGCAGGUUGCAGGUAGUAACAAGAAGCACUUUGAUCCUACGCCCCAUCUCUCCUAUUUGCGGAACUUGCAGCAACGACAGCCGCCACGAACUCCCAUUGAGAGAUUUGGAACUGGUUAUCAAGACUACCUCCAGGCGCCUCUGCAACCGCUGACAGUCAACCUGGAGAGUAUAACAUAUGAGGUAUUUGAAAAGGAUCCUAUCAAGUAUGAGUGGUACGAAAAAGCCAUUUGUAAAGCAUUAAAAGACUGGGCAGAGCAGAAGAAGCCCACUUCCCACCCAGAUGGCAAGGUUAUUCUGGCUGUUGUGGGUGCUGGCCGUGGACCUCUGGUGACCAGGGCGAUCAAGGCCAGUGCUGAAGCAGGAGUGGAGAUCGAUUUGUGGGUGGUGGAAAAGAAUCAAAACGCAUUCGUCCUUUUGCAGCGACACAACGAAACCAUUUGGGAUGGCAAAGUCACUUUGGUUCAAUCAGACAUGCGCAGCUGGAAAGGUCCCCAGGUACGAAAGCAAGUUAUCGCUGGAGAUCACGAAAAUGUAGGAGAAUCUCUUGGAAAUGAAAAAUCCCUUCUAUACACACCAAGAAAUGGUGCGAACAACUUUGGCCGGACAGCUGACAUCUCUGGCUCUAAGACUACCGAGCUUUCAUACACCCAUGUCGACAUUGUGGUGUCAGAGCUUCUUGGCUCUUUUGCCGACAAUGAGCUCUCACCGGAGUGCUUAGAUGGUGUCAACCACCUCAUCAACCCCGUUCAUGGCAUCUCAAUUCCUGCCUCAUACUCGGCCCACUUCACCCCAGUGUCAGCCCCGAAAUUGCACUCGGAUGUCAUGAACCAAACGGUGUCUAACCCGGCAGCCCCAGAGACACCCUACGUAGUUAUGCUUCACGCCAUUGACUUUUUGUCCACAUCUGACUCGCCAGCGAAUGUUGACUCUGCGAACCAAAACGCUGCUAAUCGUUCAUCCGGAUCGGCCAACAUCACAGCGGCGACAGAGUUCCCAGCUCCCUUUGUGCAGACAGCAUGGUCUUUCUCCCACCCUAACCCAAACAUCCCUGCGCAAUCCCCCUCUCAGUCUACCAUUUCGAACUCACACAACGUCCGUCAAACACGUUUAUCCUUCCCUGCUCAGAAUCGUGGCACGUGCCACGGCCUGGCUGGAUACUUUGAGACAGUUCUAUACGGGGAUGUAGAGCUCUCUACUAACCCGGUGACCAUGGAAGAGAAGAGUGCUAGUAUGAUCAGCUGGUUCCCUAUCUACUUCCCAUUGAAGACUCCCCUCAAUGUCCCGGACAAUGGUGAGAUUGUUGUCACCAUGUACCGCCAGACUGACGACCGCAAAGUCUGGUAUGAAUGGAUGGUGGAGGUGUUUGCCCUUGAGCGCACCUCUGCACCUGCCACACUUGUUAGCACACCAGCCAUGAGCGGUGCUCGCAUGGGCUCGCCCAGUGCAGAGAGUCUCAAAGCCAAGGAUAAUGGCAAGGGGCCUCGUGGUGGGAUCAACCGAGCAGGCUAUCGCCGUGUGCGAGUGGGUUUAAGUGAAUUACACUCAAGCAUCAAAGAUGGAUGCUUGAUGUAA